AUGUCGACCGAAGCCACGGCCCGUGUUUUCUUCUCGCAAAAGUUCAUUGCUGUGGUGGGCGCCAGUUCGAAUCCUGCCAAGUUUGGCAACAAGAUCUUCGCCUGGUACCUCGCCCACUCCAUCCCCGCAACCCCCAUCAACCCGACCGCCAGCACUGUCAACGCCCUCGGCAAAGACUACCCGGCCCUGCCCAAUCUCACGGCCCUGCCCAACCCAAAAGAAACCGCCGUCUCCAUAAUCACCCCGCCCCCGGCGACGCUCAAGAUUCUGCGCGAGGCGAAAGAGCUGGGCGUGCCCGCCGUCUGGCUGCAGCCGGGCACCUUUGACGACGCCGUGCUCGAGUACGCCCGCGGCGAGGGCGGCUUCGAGGCCGUCGUCGCCGGGUUCGGAGGUGGAACCCGCGGCGGAGAGGGGUGGUGCGUGCUUGUUGAUGGGGAGAGGGCGCUCAAAGCUGCGGGGAAGCUUUGA